AUGGUCUCUUCUGUUACCAAGAGUGAAGCAAAGCAAGCUCAUCCGCAACCAAGCGCAGCAAUGCCAUCACCCUCUUCAUCGCACCAUUCGGCAUCGUCGCCGUCUUCUUCACCACAACAGGCUCCGCUGCAUAAACCGCCAGUCGUUACUGUUCCGGCACCUACGCCUCAGGUCAACGUAUGGCAAACCCGCAAGUCAACCUUGAAGGAUGUGGAUUCGUCGACAAUUCCUGCUGCUGCUGCUGCAACGAAUACCACCACGGCUACAGCUACUACUGCAGAUGCCAAAGUUGACAUUGCAUCAACAACAACAACAUCACAGCUACCAGCAAGUGCAUGGCCUGCACCCAACGAAGCCGUGGAAAGUACAGUGGAUGACCCACCUGAGAAAAAAGAUAAGUUUUUGGUGCUUAAAGGCAAAGGAAAGAACCAAUGGAAGCGUUAUACUCCCACCAUCAUUCAUCCUGCAUCAAAUACCUCCAACAACGCCAAUCAACAACAACAACAACAACGAUCUCGUCCUUCCAAUAAUAAUAAUCCUCAACGACAACAUCGUCAACAACAACAACAACAACAACAUUCGGGUCCAUCUUCACCAAAAGCUGAUGAAAAGGAGAAACGCAAACCACAUGAACAUCAACAAACGCCACCACCGCAGCAACAACAUCGAUCCCAACAGCAGCCUAGAAGGGAUAGGCAACAACAUCAGCAACAACGGGAAAAGCAUGCAAGGCAGCAGCAACAACAACAACAACAACGACAAUCAACACGUGACAAUGAACGAGACAACAAAAAGCAACAACCAACGACAUUGCGUAAUGAGAAUAAACAGCAUGACACAAUCACCAGCAAUACUACAAGCAACAAUGACACCACCACCACCACCACCUCUGUACAACGAUCACAUAGACAUCAAACAAAGUCACCUCCUGCUGCUGUUGAUACUACUACAACUACACCUGCCACCGCCACUACUACCACCACAUCUCCGAAUACCACAUCUCCAACCCGGUCAACAGUAACCAAGGAAAAGCCAACGUCACCAUCAAGUCAUACAAAGAGCCCAACGGGAGCAACACACCAAGAACACCAUCAUCAUCAACAUCAUCAACACAACCAUUAUCGGAAUAAUAAUGGCAAUGGGUAUCAUCAUCAUUCACGAGGAAAUGGUCACCAACAUCAUCCACAUCGAUCAUCACGUUCAGCUAGUGGAUCAUGGUCAAGUGGUGGUCGCCGUCCACCAACAAAUGCAAGUGGACGAGGGCGUGGUGGAUAUCGACGCUAUGAUCAACAACAUUAUCAACCACCUCAACAACAAUCAACAUCAUCAAGGCGUGGUGUACGACCCCCAUUGCCACCACCUGCUUAUAUCACGGUCGAUGUGGACACGCUCAAAGUCUAUAUUAUGCAACAAAUUGAAUACUACUUUAGCAUCAAUAAUCUUUGCAAGGAUAUAUUUCUGCGUAGCCAGAUGGAUCCCCAAGGCUAUGUCGAUCUUCAAGUGCUUGGCAAUUUCAACCGUGUCAAGAUCCUGACAAGCAGCUCGGAUCUCAUCCGCGAGGCACUAAAGACAUCUGAGAUUGUCGAGCUCAGUGAGGAUGGCAAAUGUGUACGAAGGAAAGAAGGAUGGGAAACAUGGAUUCUCCCAGGGACAAGUUCAUCGUCAACAUCCCAUGCCACCAGCAACAUUGAAGAUGGUAGUACACGUGGAUCAGCAGCAGCAGCAGCAGCAACCAAGGUCGAUACCGUGGAACAAAAAGGAGAGCGCUCUUAUCAAAGCAAUGGUUCAAAAAAGGAGAAUGAUGAUGAGGUGUUUGCAUUGGAAGUGGAUUGGGAUCAAGCAAGGUCAGCUGUAUCAGGCACACCCAAAAAGUAUUACCUGUCCAAUGACGAGGAUGGAGAUGAGGAUGAAGAUGAGCAUGCUAUUGAUGAGGAUACGGUGGCACGGAUCAUGAUUGUGACACAACGACAGCGUCAACAAGGUGGUGGUGGAAAGCUCAAUGAUGAUACGGUGUCGGCCAUGAUCAAUGAAGGAUUACAGCACUACGAAUCAGAUCUCAAGAAUACCAAUGUUGUGCCCAAUAACAGCAUAGCGAUCCCUGCAGUAGCAGCUCCAAGAUUUUACCCCAUUCAUCCUGAAUCAUUACCAACGAGCAACCAUUUCUUAUCCAAUGCCACUGUACAGCAAACGCUUGAUCCAGCAUUCAUUCAACAACAUGUGGGAUGGGUAUUUGGUGACCAAGCCUAUCAUUAUGACCCUGCCAUUUUGACGACGACCGACCAUGAUACAAGUCAUCCAAUCCCUGCAUUCGAGCACCCGAGCCAUGCCCUGUUAAAGGAGAAUGGAUUUGAGCAACACAAGUAUUACAAGUACCAUGCCAAAGCGCUCCGGGAACGCAAAAAGUUAGGCGUCGGUCACUCGCAUGAAAUGAAUACCCUCUUUCGAUUCUGGUCCCAUUUCUUGCGUGAUCAUUUCAACAAGAAAAUGUACAAGGAAUUCAAACGUCUUGCAGUGGAGGAUGCCAAUCAUCAUUAUCGAUAUGGCUUGGAAUGUCUUUUCCGUUUUUACUCGUAUGGUUUGGAAAAACGGUUCCGAUCAGCCGUGUUUGAUGAUUUUCAGGAAUUGACAUUGAUUGAUCAUGACAAUGGACAUUUAUAUGGGUUGGAAAAGUUCUGGGCCUAUUUGUAUUAUCGCAAGGACAAGGAUACCCACAAACUCAAGGUGGAUGAACGACUUGAAAAGCUGUUAUCACCGUACAAGACCAUUGAGGAUUUUAGGAAUGCCACCACGACCGCUGACAAUGCUCCUCAUCAUGAUGAAGUGUAUAUGGUUCCUCAUCACAAGCCUCACAAGGCAUAA